AUUACGACGCACUGACAGUUCUCUGUAAAAACUGUCAAACCAAAAUUAUUAAAUUUCUUUUUCAUAAAGUAGAGUGAGGGCAUUGGCUAACGAGAAGCGAGUUUUGGGGAACUCUCAAUUCUGGACAGGAAUAUGUAAACAACACAAUGUUGGAAGUGGACAACAUUUUAGAAAAAUGCGGUGAUUUCAGUCGGCAACAGCGAAUCAUGCUAGUACUCUGUUCUCUGCUCAAUCUACUAUCAGCCAUACAUUUCCUUUCGAACCCGAUAAUUAAUUACGUACCAAAGUAUUGGUGCGCUGAUGGGCUGGACCCGGGGGCACCACCGCCAAAAGAAUCCAGCUGCAAACCACUGUACAAUAAUUCAACCAACUCUGAUACCUGCAAUAAAUACAACUAUGAGCUUCACAUGGGCUUUCAGAGUUUUGUCAGUGAAAAGAACUGGAUAUGUGAUGAAGGGUGGAAGAUUAGAAAGGGACAAGCCUAUUUCCUGGCGGGCCGCUUGAUAAGCAGUCUAUUUAUGGGCUAUUUGGCAGAUAUACUGGGUCGGGUGCCCAUUCUUAUUUUGACCAAUGUCAUUGCCACAUCGGGCAACUUUUUGACAAUCUUUAACAUGAAUGUGGACCUUUUUUGCAUAUUUCGAUUUGUAUGCGGCUUCGUCAUAAACACCAACGUUACGUUUAUUCGCAUUCUAAUUGUGGAAUAUAUGCGUCCUUCUUUGCGCACCGUUUGCCUGAACAUUUGUUCCGGUUUCUUUAUUUGUUUGGGCAUGGCAAGCACGUCUUGGAUAGUGGCCUUAAUAGGUAAUUGGCGUCGUUUCAUGCUUUUCGACUCGCUGCCAAUAUUUGUGAUGCCGAUAUUCGUUAUUUUUGUGCCGGAGAGCGUGCAAUGGCUGAUUUCAAGAAAGAAAUAUGACAAGGCUAUAGCCUCCCUUAAGCGUGUGGCCAAGAUUAAUGGCCGUCAAAUUGAUGACAGCGUCUUUGAAGAAUUCAUUGAAGACUGCAAAUUUAGUCAGCAAAAUACGAAGAAAAACCCAAAUCUGCUACACCUCUUGAGGAUGCCGCGCCUACGCCGCAUCUUUUUAAUAAUGUUGCUUGAACUCACGGUCAUUUUAUUCUACAGAGAACUUAUCAAGCAUCAUAUUCGUCAUCUUAAUAUUUCGCCAUUUGUUAGGAGCUCAUCGCUCAUAACUUCUAUUCUGCCUGCUUCCUUGGUAGUAAUUAUCCUGCAAGAUCGCAUAGGACGCAAGGCGUUGGCUUUGACAAUACUGCUCCUUAUUGUCCUUUUCAUCUUGCUACCGAGCGUCCUCCUCUUACACGCUGCUAAUCCCUCCACCCCAUUACUGUUGACGAUUUACGUAUUUGGGAGCGUUUUUUUUCAACUUGCCUUCUUGUCAAAUAUUCAGUACACCUUGGAGCUGGUUCCAACAUGUGUGCGGAGCCAGGCAAUGGGUGCUAUCUUUUUCAUUGCCUAUGUGCUCUACAUAUGCAAAGGUUACAUUUUGAACCUGCGUGAAGUCUUCGUGCUGCUGCCGGAAAUGAUUCUGGGCGUGAUAGCAUUUAUGGGAGCCUGCUUUUGUUUGCUGUUGCCGGAGACAAUGAAUCGUACUCUGCCCUGCUCACUGGAGGAUGGCGAGAAGCUUGGCAAUGACGAGCAUUGGUACACAUUUGGGUGCACGAAGAAGCGCACGCAGCCGAGCUUGAAAACUCCUUGGCAGCAUAAAAUGGGAAAUGUGGAAGCAGGAUUCCGAUCGCUCUUAUAUGUAGCUUAUGUAAACGAAUAUAUUUGCUAGUACCUGCUGAAAUACUUAUAAGACCUUAUCGUUUAGUACCCAAAAUGAAUCAAACAAUCAAUUGAACAAAAUAAAAAGUAAGAAUGGU